UUUAUAUAUAUAAUUUUUAAGAGGCAAUUGUUUCUCCAAAGGAACAAAACUCUGUCUCUCUAAGACAAAACCCAAUAAAACAAAACAUUUGUGGAGUGUUUUUCUUUUUGUUUCAGAUAUCUUCAGAGUUUUGUCUCCGACACAGCUGGGAUUCUUUGUUUCUAACUUCUAGGUAUUUUGCAUUUUUGUUAUAAUGUUCAGAAAAUGUUAUAUUGUUUAAUUGAUGAACUUGACAUGGUAUCACUGUUGGGGAUUAGUUUGAAUGUCCUUGUGUCAGAGCAAAAAAGUGGCUAAUUAUCCCCUAAAUCAAAUGGCAACAGAGAGCCCUAUGAGAAUGGUGGAAAGUGGUGGAGCUAGAAACUGGCCAUCUUCCAAGGAUUCUGCAAUGUGUGGUUCCCAAUGGAAGAAUAUGGCAGCAGAGGAAUUGGGAUUGCUUCUGAAGGGGCACAGAUUUCAUAGAGACCAAACAGAAAUGAUUCCCAAUCGAAGUGGUAGUGCCCCACCAAGUAUGGAGGGUUCUUUUGCAGCUAUUGGAAACCUUUUUGCUAAACAGAACUCUGGUCUGAAUAUAGGCUUGGAAAGUAUAAGCGAUGAUCUUGGACAUUAUGAAUCUGAGGAGCAACUGCGUUCUGAUCCAGCCUACUUUGCUUAUUACUGCUCUAAUGUGAACUUGAAUCCACGACUUCCUCUACCUCUUAUUUCACGAGAGAAUAGGCGCUUGGUACGCCAUAUUGGUGCCUCUGGCAAUAAUUGGAGGUCUACUACAUUAGAUGAUACUGGCAAUAGAACCUUGCAUAUGUCUCGAAGUUCCCUCUCCACUCAUAGGGAGGAACCAGAGGAUGAUAGGUCUCCUACACAAGCUUCAGACAACAGAGCAGAAAACAGUUCUGUAUUUAUGUCAGGACAGAAAACAGGUUUGGUUGGGCGGCACAAAAGUUUGGUUGAUUUGAUACAGGAAGAUUUCCCCCGUACGCCUUCUCCUGUAUAUAAUCAGUCUCGCUCCUCAAGCCAUGCAACAACAGAUGAACCAAUUGAUCGUGAUGUUCAUGCUGUAACUUUGGAUGUUUCUGCUAUCAACAUUUCAGAUGUACCUGGAUCAAGUAGCUCUGCUGAUGUUUGUGUGGAUACAUCUUCCUUAGAUUCACAUGAUAUUGCAUUAAUAUCCAAAAAUGAUCAACUGGCCACGUCUUUUUCUAGUUCAACAGGUCCUGAUGGAGCAGGGUCUUCUCAGAACUCACAAAUUGAUGAUAGAAACACAAAAAAUGCUGGUUUGGAGGAUGAUAUGUCUGUUAUUGUUGCUUCUCAUUCAGAGAGAAUUAGGAAGAAACAAGAAGAGCAGCAGUAUCAUGGGAGAGUCAUGCUGCAACAGUAUCCGUCUGAACAGCAAGGCACCCCGUAUCAUGUUCACAGUCAAACAGUGUCACCAGGAACAAAUCAUAUCCACAAUGGCAUGGAAAAACUCUCCCAUGGUCACACUAAAUUCUCUUCUAUUGAGGUACAACCAUCGAUGCAUUCCCCUGGUCUAACUACUCCCUUGUAUGCGACAGCGGGAACCUAUAUGCCAUCAGGCAAUCCAUAUUACCCGAAUUUUCAGCCAUCUGGUAUAUAUGCCCCACACUACAAUAUAGGUGGAUAUGCUCUGAAUUCUGCAUUUCUUCCGUCAUUUGUUGCUGGAUACCCUCCCCAUGGUCCUGUUCCUAUGCCAUUAGAUCCUACUUCAGGUCCAAGCUUUAAUAUUCGAACUACUGGCGUUUCAACAGCAGAAAGCAUACCACAUAUGGGUGAUUUCCAACAGCAGAAAUUCUAUGGACAACAUGGAAUGAUGGUGCAACCUUCUUUUGUGAAUCCUGUUCAAAUGCCAUACUUUCAACACCCUUUUGGGGAUGCAUACAGUGCUUCAGUCCAGCAGGUUAGGUUGCCAGUAAGUAAUGGUGCUGGGGCUCAAGCGGAUUCUUCGAUACAGAAAGAGCCAUCUUCUGCUGCUUAUAUGGGUGAUCAGAAACUUCUGUCUCCACCAAAUGGUAGUCUGGGUAUUCCAAAUUCUAGAAAACUUGGAAUCAGUGUUGGUGGUUAUUAUGGGGGUCUUCCAGACAUGGGUCUCAUGGCACAAUUUCCAGUGUCACCUAUUUCUAGUCCUGUGUUGCCAUCAUCACCAGUUGGUGGAAUAAGUCAUCCAGGUCGGCGAAAUGAUCUGAGGUAUCCUCAGGGUUCACAUAGAAACACCAGUAUCUAUCCUGGAUGGCAAGGGCAGAGAGGAGUAAACAUCUUUGAGGACUCCAAGAGGCAUACAUUUCUUGAAGAACUGAAAUCCAGCAAUGCGCAAAAGUUUGAGCUCUCAGACAUAGCAGGACGUAUAGUAGAAUUCAGUGUGGAUCAACACGGGAGUCGAUUUAUUCAGCAGAAGCUGGAACAUUGCAGUGUUGAAGACAAGGUGUCUGUAUUCAAAGAAGUUCUUCCACAUGCUUCAAAAUUAAUGACCGAUGUCUUUGGUAAUUAUGUU